AUGCAAAAAGCGACCUACUACGACAGCUCUGCAAUCUAUGCUGGAUACCCUUACCAAGGAGCAAAUGGUUUCAGUUAUAAUGCAAGUCAGCAGCAAUAUCCUCCUCCUUCAUCAUUGCUUGAUACAGAGUAUCAUCGCCCAGCCUGCUCCCUGCAGUCACCUGGCAGCACUGUGCCACAUCACAAGGCCAAUGACAUCAACGAAAGUUGUAUGAGAACCAUUAACACUCAAUCAAGCCAAUCCCAGGUCAUCUCAGAGCAGCAGCAGCAGCAGCAGCAGCAGCUCACACCACAAGGGCCCCCUCCCUCUGUGUCACCACCUCAAAAUGCCAGUAACCCGGCCACAGCUUCCACCAACAAGGCCACAAACAUUGCCUCACCUACCAUGUCAAAGCAGAUUUUUCCUUGGAUGAAAGAAUCUCGGCAAAAUACUAAACAGAAAGCAGGAAGCUCCAGCUCAGGUAAUCUGCAGCCACUAUACACUUAAUGGUAGGGGAAAGGGACGGACUUGGUUACAUUUGGUUAUUCCUGUAAGGGGACAGGGUCUUUGUAAAACCUGCUGUUCAGGCUGAAAAGUUCUGUUAACCUCUGCAACUUUAGAGGGGAUGAUGGAAUACUGCCUUUGUCACUGUGAUGAUUGAGUUAAGUGCUUGUAACCUAUUCAAUACCAGGCUGGAGACUAACGUAUGGAUCUGCAACACUGCACACUCACAUAGAGAAACACACACACACACACACACACACAUACUGCACACUCACAUAGAGAAACACACACACACUCAAAUAGAGAAACACACACAAACACACACACACACUAACACACACAAACACACACACAGACACACACACACACACACACACACAAACACACAGACACACAUGAAAACGUUAAAUAUUUAGCAUUUUGCUCUACAUGGAUAGGAAGAGCUGUGGCCCAAAUGCAGUGAUUCAGUCGAUUGCUGUAGCUCAUUCUUCCUCAAGGGAUGGAAAGGGUUAAACAUGUAUAAUGAAGUAAGAAAGGUACUAGAGUCCCUUUGCACUGACCCAAUGAAAAAUGAUUUAAUUAGGUUUCAAUACGAAUUUGCAGACACUGCAUGAGGAUAUGCAAAUCCAGGGUUGCUUCCAAUUCGUUCUUGGUAAUUUGACCCCAUCAGCUAUCUGUAAUGGAGCAGUAUUGUGACUGGGUUUUCGAACAUUCGAACUGGAUCUGAAUUGAAAUGAAAUUGUUCAGCCAACAUUCUGUCUUACAAUCCACAGUUCAGACUUUGUGGUGCUGUAAUGACGUGUGGCUAUACAGGAAGUUGUCAGAUUGUGGUUGUGGUGUAUGGUAUAUACUACCUAAAAGCACAUUUUAAUGAGUUGCUGUAAAUAUUUGAAGGUGUAACGCUCUCUUAUUCUAAAAAGUAUGUUUUUAGGGCUUUAUUCUCUUAACGGCGAAUUAUGGGAAGUGCCAAUUGACUAUUUAUUGAGUAAAAUAUAGAUCAAAAGACAUAUUUGAAAGAAAGUCACGGAAACGGUCAUUAUGACCAGAGUUUUGUCAGUUUUAAUACUUUGGUCUAAAUCUUUGAAGUGUAGACAGUGGAUACCACUUUAAAUCCUUGAACUGUAGUUUAAGAGUUAAUAUGCUCCUUUUUGGAUUUUAUUUGGAUGAACCCUGACAGAUUUUAUUGUCAAUAUUAUCUCAUUAUAGCAAUGUUUUUACAACGUUGUGGACUCCUAAAAGAUUUGUAGCAACCAAGGGGUAAUUUACAAUGAAUUAAAUAUAAAAUAAAGUUAAAGUAAUGGAAUAGAGAGUUUAUGUUCUAUUUUUACAAUAAGACACUAUAUCUCAAAUUUCCCCAAAUAUCAUUAAAAUAUUGCACUCUUUGAAAUAGUUCUAAAGUAACAAACUGGUUCUGUAUGUGGAACUGAAAUACAGCCAGACAACACGUUGUCAGACUUCAAGCUGUGAUAACGACAAUUAAUUUAUAUACAAUUAUUAGAGUAAUUAGAUUCCAGCUAAUAUAGAUUCACACCAAACUGGAACUAUAUUGAAGCCUCACCUUGGAUGAUUUACUAACAGAAAAAUAUUAAUUUGACCAUUAGAGGUGGGAAAUCAAAUGUGACAAGGCUUUGAUUAUGAUAAUACCCAGAUUCACAUAUUAGCAAGGUGGUAAUUGUUUUAUACCAUUGUCUGUAUUUCUUCUAUUUGAUAAUUAGCACAGCCCUGCAAUCGCUGAAAAUAGGUAAUUUUUAAAUAAGGUUAUGUUUUUUGACUUCUGAACUGGGUCCAAAAUUUGAAAAAAUGGCACACAAAAAAAGAUAGUCUAUUUAAUCAAAUUGGAUAUAUAUUUUUUUCAGUCUAAUAUUUUGUCCUGUAUUUUUGGAAGUCAAAUGUCAAUUCUUCAUUAUUCACUGUUUAGUGAAUAUAGUCACUUCGUUGUAGUGACCUCUUCAUAUUGCAAUUUGCUCAAAAUUGAGAAAAUAACUUUCCAAUUGCUCCUCUCUGUUCCAUCUUUCCCACCAUUAAUCUUUCUUGCCUCCCUGCCUCUCAAUUCAAUAUACAUUAACCUCUUCUCCCAACUCACUCAUAUACUCAUAUACCCUCCUAGCUCCUCCUGUGCUCUCUUUCUCCCCCUUAAUGCUUACAAAAGGGAGUAACCCUUUGCACAGAACAUGAUACUUUAUUGCCAACUAUGUGGCCAGUACUGCUUACCUUCCUCAGAAAGAGAGGACUGGACAUACACAUUGAAGCAGUGGAUGAACACACCCACACUUCUCCAAAAUGGCUGCAUUAAGCAAAUGAUAUGCAGAGGCCUAUUCUGUCUGGAGAAGGACUCUUAGAGAGGCGUAUACACUAGAGUAAAAAAAAUAAUGGAAUCAGUGCAAGCACAAAGUACAGCUUAGAAUAUUUAAUGGCUUCAUAUCUUUUUUGAUAAAUAUGGAGCUUCGGUCACACUAUUCGGUCAUAUUGUGCUAUCACCCACAAUGCCUCAUAUUAGUGAAUUGCAAAACAAUAUGUGGGGGGAGUAAUCUGCAUUGUAUUAAGUGCUGUUACAGAGGCUAGAAUUCCUACUUUACAAUUUACUAUAUAUACACUAAAUGCUAAAAUACAUGUCAUAAAUACCCAUUGUACAGCGCUACGGAAUUUGCUGGCGCUAUAUAAAUAAUAAAAUAAUAAAAGUCAUGUGUCUUAAUUCAGGGUUUAUUUGAAUUGAUUUAGUGGCCAGAAAAUGCAUUGUUUUAUAGUAAUGCAUAUAAAGUGUAGAAUAAACUGUGACUUAGUCUACAAUAAUAUAUUAAAUCCCAUGACUGAAUUCAAUUUUCCCAUUUGAAAAAAAUUAGUUUAUUAAGUAGUUUUGUGUAAAUGCAGCACUGAUUUUUGAAAAAUUAUCAUUAUUUUUACAUUUUAUUAUUGCAUAAUCAUUACACCAGCUCCUCUAAGUAAACAAUACAUUCCCUGAGUAGUGCUUAUCCCUGGCUUUCUACCUGUGAAGAGGUCAGGCACUCAGUAUACAGAGUUCUCAGUGUAAUAUUUUGUUAAAUUGUUAAAUAGUGUAGAACGUUCACACACACAAGCCCUCUUGUCCAUCAGUCAUUUAUUUAUGAGUGUACACUUAAUCAGUGAUAACGUUUUGACCAGCUCUCUGGUUCUUGAUCAAGUCAUUAUGAUAAAGUCAUUGGAGAUGGCUAGAACUUUGUGACUGCUGAUAUAUAUACUCUGGAAUGAAGGAUUGCUCAUACAAACAUGCAGGGAGCCAGAUAUUCCUUAUUAUGAAAAUGUUAUUAUUGUUAGAUUAGUUUAGAAUCAUGGGGAUAUGUAGUUAGCCAAUGGUUAGAUGGCUAAAACGUGCAUUCUAAAAGCUACAUAGAUAAACCAGAAGGGCUCAUGAAUAUUGUAAACUGGGUAAUAGUUCAUUCAUUGUCUUCCUGUUGUUCUCAUGCAUUCACAAAGCCAAAGCUUUAUAUCUGCUAUAGGCUGCAGCUCUGAUGGUUCUCAAACAGAGGUCGUUUAUAUUAUGAUUUUUACGGUAGGAAACCAAUUCGACUGUGAUUUCAGAUAAUUGAAGAUAUUUUUUCAGAAACAUGUACAUUUAUUAGAGAAUUGUACAGAAACUGUGAAAAACAAACAAACAGAAUGAACAAAACACACACAGUUUUGGCAAUAAUAUAUUUUUGAUUGAUGAUAAUGUAUGAUGUUAUGAUGUGAGCUUCCUCCAUGGUAUUUGCCUAUAUUUAAUCAUUAGGUAUCUAAUAGAGUACUGGAUCAUCAUACAACACAUAUUUGUAUUUGUAUAUUGAUAAAUGUGACACCUAUCAAAAUGAUUGACUUUUUAUUAACUGACAGUGAUAAGGGGUAAUUGAAUGAUGUGAGGUGCAGUUACACUAUAUCAUUGUUAACCUGAGCCUUCUUAACCCUUUCUCUGCCAAUAGACUUUCCUGUAGACCCUUGCCUGGCAGUUAACCAGUUAAUGAUAGAGGAUGACUCAGGCUGAUAGUGCUGUCUGUGUAUAUGAAGGUGUGCAGGUGAGGGUGUGUGUGUGUAAUCAGAAAUCCAGAUCAACGUUUGUUGAUGUUUUGCUCUUGUGUGUUCUCUUGCAGGUGAGAGCUGUGCUGGGGACAAAAGCCCUCCCGGGCAAUCUUCUUCUAAGAGGGCCCGCACCGCUUACACAAGCGCUCAGCUGGUAGAACUGGAAAAAGAGUUUCAUUUUAACAGAUACCUGUGCAGACCCAGGAGGGUGGAGAUGGCAAACUUGCUUAACCUAACAGAGAGGCAAAUCAAAAUCUGGUUCCAGAACAGGAGAAUGAAAUAUAAAAAAGAUCAGAAGGGAAAAUCUAUGAUGACGUCUUCAGGAGGACAAUCACCUUGCAGGAGUCCUGGACCACCACCAUCUAUUGGAGGAUACCUAAACUCUAUGCAUUCACUGGUGAACAGUGUACCCUAUGAGCCUCAGUCCCCUCCUGCGUUUAACAAACCCCAUCCAAAUGCCUAUGGUGUACCUGCACCCUACCCCAGCCCCCAUAACACCUGCCCACCCCACCAGAAGAGGUACACAGGAACUUCUGCAGUCACACCUGAGUAUGACACCCACCCUCUCCAAAACAGCGGUGGUUAUGGGAAUCCUCACGUACAGGGAAGCCCCGUUUAUAUAGGGGGCAAUUAUGUGGAUACCAUGACUAAUUCUGGGUCCUCCAUGUUUGGUCUAUCUCACCUCCCCCAUGCUAAUUCUAACAUGGACUACAGUGGCCCAGGACCAAUGAAUAGCAGCCACCACCAUGGACCAUGUGACACACAUCCAACAUACACAGACUUAUCUUCUCAUCAUAGCUCUCAGGGAAGAAUUCAGGAAGCACCUAAACUGACACAUUUGUAAUUAGAUUGGGAAAUCAGUUGCCUUUUUUUUUUUUUUUACAUAUUUUUUUAUCCACGUCUUAAUUUUGAGUUAAUGACUUUAUUUUAUACUAUCCAGUUGUUUUGUUUUGUUUGUUUUUGGUUUUAUUUUGGGCAAUCUACAUUGCUAUCUGGUAUGUAUUGUCCUGCAAAUCUCCUCCUGGACCAGUUCUAUUUGUAUUUUAUUCUACACUUUUAUCAAACAGGGUAAAUAAGCAUAUUUUAUAUGAAAAAAAAAAAAAAGAAAAACGUCUUAAAUGUGAAUUUGUUCGUACAUUUCUUACACAGCUGGGAAACGAGUUAUUAUUGCACUUCUUUUAACCUAUUGAGGCCCAGGCGAAUGAACAUUGCAGUAGAACACCCUUGCAAAUCAAUAGUCAUUCAUCUGACUCUCAAGUGGUUACAUUUAAAGACAAAAAAAAAAAAAAAAUCGCUUGGGCAGGGUCAUCUUGGAUCAUAAUUAUAGUUGUAAGUCAUUUAAUAUGUGUAUACUGGUGCAUAUACUCCGGUUAAUUUAUUGAUUUUUUUUUCUACAAACAGAAAUAUCAAACUGUUUACAUAUUAUUUAUCCCAUCGUUUAUAUUUAUAAACAAUAUAUAUCUUAAAUAUUCAGGUCGUGGUACUAGCCUUCUGUUAGAUGGCGUUAUACAGGGAGUGCUGUUUGAAAUAAAUCUCUUGAAAGAUGCAAUAAAAUCUGAGAGAAAAAAUAAUAAUAAAAAAAUGUCAAGACAGACAAUUUGUAUACUUGCUUUUAAAAAUUCUAUUGGUAGAAUCUACAUCUCUGCCUUUUGAAUGGAACUUAGGACGUAUAAAAAUAAGGAAACGUAUUGAAGAUAAUUCUUAAUACAGCAUGGGAUUGAUCACAAUCAUAGGAAAACAUGAUUUAGGUUAAAUGGCUGAGAUUUUUGCAUUUUAAAGAUUGUUACCUUGUAGAGCAAGCUAUGGCAUGGGGAAGACUAUCCUCUGGUAAAGGCACAGGGUUGUAGACAUUGUCUUUGAUUUCAGUUGCUAGUGAUUGAUAAGAUGCCUGAUAAUGGGGGUGCAAUAGGUAAUAGCUUAGUGCUGAUGGCCUCUUAUUCCAUGUUGAGAUCAGUUUUAUUUUACAAUCUGCAGCCCCCUCUCCCAGCAUCUGCUCCUCUGGAAUGGCUUCCUUCUGGAGAUAUAUGAAAGAAACUAAGCAUUUUCCUCCUACACUUUCUUUCCACUGGCGAUUCAGUGGGUGGUUUUAAUUAUUAUCAAACAAGAGGCUAAAAAAAACUUAAAAUAGGUUUCUGAGUGAAGUGACUGUGGGCGCACACACAUUUUCACACACAUGCACAUACACACAAAGAGACAGAUACAUACAUGCAGACACAUACAGAGUGACAAAGUAACACAUUUAUAGGGCUCCCCUAUUCUCUCUGAUUGAUAAUUUGUUCGUUUAUAAAGCACAAACUGAAGUGAGGUUUACAUCUGCUCUUCUAACAACUGAAAGCACAAAAGAUCACAAAUGAUAUAUUUGGAAUUUGAUUAACUAGUCUCCUCAUAUGGUAUUGCUAUUAAUCAUCCCAUCCCCCACACUCCCACACUCAAGAAUGAGCAAAAUCUAAAUUCAGAGACACAACCCUUAUUCUGGACCAUGCUUAGAAAUCAAAUAUAGAAAAUCAAGUCAAUUGCACCUAUAAAUGUAGUAUAAAUGUAAUAUAUGCAGAGUUGUCUGUGUCUGUGUGUGUGUAUAUAUAUAUAUAUAUAUAUAUAUAUAUAUAUAUAUAUAUAUAUAUAUUUAUAUAUAAAUUAUACACAGACACAUAUAUAUUAUACACAUGUAUAUAAGGACUCACACACAGUUGUUUAGGUUUAAUUUAUUAAUUAAAUAUUUACAGACAUAUUUUCUCUCUUUCACACAAACACACAAACACUACACAGAUUACACAUUAUGUAAAAACAUAAUUUCAUACAAUAAGUAUAUUCAUAUCAGCAUUAGAAACAUUCACACAGAGAAGCAACGGAAGCAGUUGAAAUAUUUUUUGACAAAGAGAUUUAUUGGAAAUUAAAAAUUAAAAUUAGACAUACUAAAAAACGAGUUAUACAACAAAUUAGCAUUACAAACAGUUAAUACAGGCAAUAUAUUUAAAUAAUGUAAAAUGUAAUCAAUCAAAUGAGUGUAUUUGCGUUAGAUAAUCCGUAUAUUAUAUUUUCCAUUUCACUUACUCUAUUUUCACAUGUGAAAUAACUGCAUUUAUUUUUGAUGACGAUAUUAGUUGUUAAAAAUAGACCGCACACAAGAUAUGAUUUAGUAAGCGAUGGCCGAUAAACAGAAUAAUUACUCGAAUUACAGUUAAUAUAAUCUACUCAGAGAGAGAGAGAAAAAAAAAAGCGAAAUCUUAAAAAAACGACUGAAGGAAACUAAAAUAAAAUAAAAUAUUAAUAUAGUUUCACCACUAAAAUCAGUUUAAUAUGAGCGAAUGAUAAAAAACAAAACAAAAACAAAAAACAUAUAUAUAAAUAAAUAAUCUAGUGCGUUUGUUUCGUAUUGACAGACAUACUGCAUUGUUUAUGCCUAGAUACCUGGCUACCAUAUGUCAUUGGCACAAUUGACAUUGUUUCAAUCAAAUAUAAUACCUCUGACGUUUUCUGUUCUUUAUCUGAAAGUCUAGUUAGACAUUAGAUACAUUUUACUCGAAUGUUUAAUUUCUUUAUACGAAUAAUGCAUUAGGUUUGAUGUGUGUGUGUGUGUGUGAAUGUCUGUGUGUAUAGUAAAAUCCUUUGUUCCUUGCUUCACAGACCCAAUGAGCAAAGAAGAGAUUGCAAGAAUACCCACACCCACAUUCAUUUAGUCAACAAAGCAACCAUUAAAUCUCAAAUGAUCAGGCUAUCUCCCAUUCCCUCCAAUAUCCCACAUUUUAAAAAUAAUCGUAAGUACCAUUAUUACCCCUAUUUCGUAGAAUGUGUGUGGAUAUAAGACAAAGGCAAAGGUGCAGUACCUGUGCGUCAGGGAGACAAAUACAUAUCCGAGCUCACAAAGGAAAGGAAAGUAAAAAUAUUCUCUUCUGUACUUGCAUUUCUUACUCAAACUGCUUUCCCAGUAACAUAUGAUCUUGGAAGAAACAAGAAGCUUUAAAUGUGAUCUUUAAGGCCAGAAGCUGUCAAGCCAUUUGGCAAGCAAGAUUGAUCACACACAGACUUCCUUCCAGCUUUGUUUGGAGUAUAAGCAAGAAAAUUAAAAACCUUCCAUCUAAGUCCUGUCUUUCUCUCUCCAAAGCCUGGAACAAAAAUGCAAAAAGAGUUUAUUUCACUAAAACACAGCCUAGGAUCUCUCCAAUGUUUAAAAUAUCUCAGCAUUUUAUGUUUACACUUAAUAACUGUCUGCCUACCUAGAUUUGUAUGCUAGUGUCUGUGAAUGCAAACAGAUUUUAUAUAUAUAUAUAUAUAUAUAUAUAUAUAUAUAUAUAUAUAUAUAUAUAUAUAAAUCAAAAUAGAUAGUGUGUGUGUAUGUAUAUAUAUACAUUUAUUUAUAGUGAGGAUUAUGCUUAUGAGGAAGUGUACCUAUAAUUUUUCACAUAUCAGGAGGUAUAAAUGUGUUUAAGUAAUAAUAUAUACACACACAAAACAUUAAUAAGGCACCUACCUUUAUUUAUCUUAUGUUUACAGUCAAUGCAUUAUUUAUGGUCAUCGAAUAAAGCUAAAUGAAGUGUGUAUGUGUAUAUAUAUUGGUGUAUUAUAUCUGAUUGCGUGUGAGAAAUAUUAGAUUUUGCAUAUUUAUAUGUUUAGUACACACAUAUCUAUGUGUUUGUGUGUCUGAAUAUAUGAUUGUGUAUUAGUAUAUGCCUAUAUGUAUAUGUCUAUAUCUGUGUGUAAAUGGUUAAUAUUAGCAUACAAAUAAUUUAUCAUCAAUAUUUUUGCAACAGAAGUAAAUUAAGUAACAUGCACAUAUUUUUGAUAGGGUGUGAAACCUGACACCGUGUGUUAAAUAAUAGCCAUGCAUUCUAGUUUAAAAGCUACACUAAGUUCACAUUUUUGAUGAAAACAGAAAAGAAAAAAAAUGUAAUAAAUUAUUUAAAGGGCAGCAGCACAGAUAGAGCAUAAAGAGACAAUAGUGCAUUUAUUUAAUGAAAGCACUCACCUUGUACUGUCUAUUCACAGAACACCCAUCUACCUUUGUUGUUUGUUAAUAUUAUGUAGCAAGUUCCCUUAUGUUUUUUUUUCUGUUCAGCCAUUUUGAAGUCUAUUAAAUUCACAGUCAGAAUCUUCCUCUCGCUUCCCAUAUGUGCUUUCAUUGCUUACAAUGGGAUCUGUGCCUAGUCCAUUGCUGAGUGUACAGUAGAGAAAUAUAUAAAUAUAUAUAUAUAUAUAUAAAAAUAUACAGCUAUAUAUAGAGAUACACUUCAUGCAGUUAACAGUUAAACCUACAAUCUCUAGGAAAAGUGCAGCAAAUGAUUGUAGAUUCUGUUUGAGUGAAACUCCUUAUUUAUCUUUAUUGGUAGAGUCUUUGGUGUCAAAACUUAGAAGAUUAAUGGAUUACAUUGUUAAUGACUUAAGGCGUCAGAUUUGGGUUCUUAAAUGAUUUGUGAGGCUUAGAACGCCUUUCUGGUAGAAACAAUGCAAAGGGACAGGAGUUACAAGCAGGGGCAGGCAAGAGAAACCAAACAACACACAAAUAUAAAAUAUAUAUAUUUCACAAGGUUCUAUAUUCUUCUGCAUGUAAAUAAAACCUUGCUGGCUUACAAUGAGGCGUUCCUUCAAGACUUUUUUUUUUUUUGGAUCAAUCACACAGACAGUGGCUUCUUUUGAUUAAACCCCAAAUUGUCAUUGGGCAGGAGCAAUCAUGUGACAGCCAAUUCGGUCCAAUUUCAACCUUGUCUCCAUGAAUUCAAUAGUUUAAUAGUAGCACAGUCCCCAUACGGCUGUAAUCAGUGAAUUAGAAAAAAAAACUGCAAAGGAUUUUUAUGAUUUUUUUUUUUUUACUUCAUUGUUGCAGGGCCUUUAAACCUAAAAGUAGGGGCUAACUUUUUUUAAAAGGCUUUGAGGAGAGGGCCAUGAAUUACGAAUUUGAGCGAGAGAUUGGUUUUAUCAAUAGUCAGCCGUCGCUUGCUGAGUGUCUGACAUCUUUCCCCCCUGUCGGUGAUACAUUUCAAAGUUCAUCAAUCAAGAAUUCUACGCUUGCACACCCGACACAUAUUCCUCCUCCUUUUGAGCAGACCAUACCCAGCUUGAAUCCAAGCAGCCACCCUCGCCACAGCCGACCCAAACAGAGCCCAAAUGGGAGCAGUGGUAGCCCAGUGCCAGCAGGAUCCCUGCCUCCGGAGUACCCCUGGAUGAAGGAAAAAAAAGCCUCCAAAAAGCUUCCUUUGCCUCCAGUCUCUGCUGUCCCCACCAACACUGCAGCAUGCUUCAGCCACAAAGGUCAGUGUCCUGCCUGCAGCUUCCCAGCCAAGACUUGGGAUUUCAAAAUUAUCCAGGAGCUAAGGAGAUUUUCGGGAGGGCGACUUUUAAAUUAUUUUUAUUUCUAAUUAUUUUUGAAAGUAUUUAUUUAAUUAUUUUCUCACUGUUUUGGAUGCUAUUUUUUUUUAUUUUAUUUUUAACGUGCCACAACGUGGCUAUUUCUGUAUUAUCCACCACCCCAACCACAACACCAUGCCUUGAAAGUUAGGUUUAUCUUGCAGUAAUUAAUAGAUGGUUACCGCUCUGCUAAUUUGUUUUUAAAAAUAAAGAACUGGUUAAUUAAAAUAUCAUGAUUUGUAGAUAUGGAAUUAAUUUUUAAGGAUUAUUUUAUUUAUUUUCUCUAUAUUUUUUUUACAUUUAUUUUUAUAAGUGUAAAAAAACAUUUUUUUUUUCUUAGCACACAAAAUUACACAAAGAGAGUGUUGCAUACUGGGCGGCCAUUUUGUUGCAGUGGAGAGAGCGAUCUGUAGUGUAUUUAGAAAGAGAAAUCUAGAAAUUGUGUUGUUUUUCUUAUCUGAUGGGUGACUGCUUGUGUGCUUUGUGGUUUUUGCAGAAAUCAUUGAAAUUCAGGACAACAGCAGCUCAGGAUCCAGGAGACUGAGGACAGCUUACACUAACACUCAGCUUCUAGAGUUAGAAAAGGAAUUUCAUUUCAACAAGUAUCUGUGCAGACCAAGGCGAGUAGAGAUUGCUGCUUUGCUGGAUUUAACUGAGAGGCAAGUAAAAGUCUGGUUUCAAAACAGGAGAAUGAAGCACAAAAGACAAACCCAGUGUAAGGAGAAUCAGAAUGGAGAGGGGAAAUUUAAAAACCUGGAAGACUCCGAAAAGAGUGAAGAUGAUAAGGAAAAGUCUCUGUUUGAGCAAGCCCUGAAUAAUGUCUCUGGAGCUUUGCUAGAAAGGGAAGGGUACAGUUUUCAGCAAAAUGCUCUGUCUCAGCAGCAGGGCCAGAACUCACAUAAUGGAGAUUCUCAAAGUUUCCCAGUUUCCCCACUAUCCAGCAAUGACAAAAAUCUGAGACAUUUUCAACAUCAAUCACCCACUGUUCCUAACUCUUUAUCAACAAUGGUACCAGAGUGUGCAGCUGGACUCAGCAACGACAGCCCAGAUACCUUAGAUGAUGUUGCAUCUCUCACCGACUUCAAUGUAUUUUCCACAGAUUCCUGCUUACAGCUUUCUGACACGGUUUCUCCCAGUUUACCAGGAUCUCUCGAUAGUCCAGUAGACAUUUCUGCAGACAGUUUUGAUUUUUUCACAGAUACAUUUACCACAAUCGACUUGCAGCACCUCAAUUACUGAAACAUUUUAAGAUUAAACUGAAUUAUGCCCCCCCUCCCCCCCACCAUCCAUUACCAUGGUUUUACUGAUCAGAGUUGUUUUUCUCUUUUUUAAUUUAAUUUUUUUUUUUUUUUACUAAUGAAUUGCAUCCAACAGCCAUUUCCCUAUUUAAUUACAGAGCAUUGAAAGCAAUAAUUGAGGCCUCAAAGAAAGUGAUUAUAACUAAAAUGUAUCCUCACUUUCUUUUUAUUUUUGUACUGCGUUAGAAUGCGUUGUCAUAUAAGUAUUUUUGGUAGAAUAAAUAAUUAUUUCCCAAAAGUCCAUUUUCUUUUUAUUCCCCUCUCAGUCUGAAACCACCGCCAUCAUUAUGCAUUGAACCCCCCUCCCCACCCCCCAAAAAAAACAAUCACAACUUGCACCGAACGGUUACGACUGUUGAGUGUGUAAAAAUAUUUAUUAUAGAUCUAUCUAAUAAUAUAUGUAUAUAUUUUUUAUUCUUUAUAAUUAUUUUUCCAAAAAACAAAUUGCAAAAAAAGUUUAGACAUUAAAUAUUUUUUUUCAAAACCAAUGUUUUUAACUUUUUAUUAAUAUGUUAACACGGUACAUUUCAGAUAAAGAUUGAAAAAUUCAACAUGUUUUUAUUUAAUGCAAAAGGAAGAUGGGACUAUAUAUAUAUAUAUAUACAUAUUUAUAUAUAUAGUACUAUGCAAAUACAAAAUGGCUUCUUGUUCAUUAAUGUGAUUUAAUUUCUCUCGGACGAUCUCGAUCAAAAUAACCUAUAAAAUAAUAAUAAAAAAAACCAAAAAAAAAUAUUUGAACCGAUUAAACUGCUGUGAAUGGGCAUUUAAGAACAAAAAAACAAAAAAAAAAUAUUGUUUAUAUGGCUGUUACUCCAAGUCCUUUGCAGGAUGGAAAGUUUAAAUUCACUCAUACAAGUUAUAUCACCCUCAUUGUAUAUGCAUACACAUUCUAUACAUACAUAUAUAAACGAGCACAAACAUACACAGGUGCCCACAUUACGUACGUACACACACACACACACACACGCACAUAUAUAUUUUUAUGUGCAAUAUUUUAUGUGAAUAUAUAUGCGUUCCCAGAAGCUGUUUGUUUAUGUAUUGCUGAACACAACACGUUAGAAGGCAGCUACAAUAACUAGACAGACUGGAUGCAAUUCUUCCUAAACUCAUAAAUCAAAUGCUCUCUAUGAAUGAAAAUGUCAUCAUCUAUAUCAAUUGCAGUAACUUGCACACAAAUAAAAAAAAAAAAAAAAAAGAACUCUUACGUAUUAGUCUGGACUGGGGAUUCCAUCCAGAAGGUUUGGGCUUGAAGGCGUUUAGCCAUAAUUCAUUUUUAUUGCUCUAUUUAAACAACAGCUUGACUUUACUGAGGCUGUAGCAAUACGACAGAAGCGUGCACCAAUCUCACCAUUACUGUCUGUGGGGGAGGACUGAAUCUGCAGCUAAGAUUUCUUUCAAUAAUCCCAGCUCAUCAUUAAAAUACAAAGCAAUUGGCAAAUGCAGAGAAGCGUUUUACAACUUUUAUUACAUAAAUAAAUGCAGUAAUCAGAAAACAGACAAUGUAAGAAAAAAAAAUAGCUGCAAAAGUUUUAUCACGUUAAAUAGUAAUGGAAGCAACAUGCUUUUUUUUUUAGAUAACACAUAAUUAUAUUUUCUGUUACAAAUUCACAACGGGGAUACUUUGUUGCAGAAUUUUUUUUAAAUAAGAUUUGAUGAUUGAAACAUUUUAUUUUACAAUAGAAUUCCUAGGGGUCUUGAGUAUAAAAAGACACAUUCUUUGCAUAGUUAUAGGCAAAAUCCAUUCUAAUUCGCAUUGAAGUGAAAGACUUUGUAGUAGCAGAUUGGGAGGCUUUGUUAGUGACAGUAAACACAAAAGCUGGGCCCUUUUUUCAAAGCACACCAGCAGCAAGACUAAACACCGUGUUUCUAAUACUGUAUUUCUCAUUUUAAACUAUUUGAAAUAGAAAUAAAUUCUCCAAAGUAAAAUUAAGCAUAGUUUGAAUACUCCACUCAAACUAUGUUACUAGAUCUGCUACCAAAUGUUGAAAAAAGAAAGUUUAAGUGAGAGCUUUCUUUAUUGUAAUUCCACAGCCUUCUGUCUAACAUUUUCCCAGUCUUUCUGUACUUUAUAAAAAAAUAUAUUUAAUUUAUGUAUGCAUUUUAUUUACAGUUACAAUCUUUUUCUUUUUUAAAUGAAGAAUUUAAUAAAACACGUGGUAAUAUUAUUUCCUAAUUAUAAAACAGAUAUAAUAAUAAUAAUAAUAAUAAUAAUAAUAAUAACUAUAAUAACAUCUAAUAAUAAUACUACUACUAAUAAUAACAACAACAACAAUAACAAUAACAAUAAUAAAACAAUUAUUAUAGUAUUAGUUCUACAGUAUGAUGGAAUUAUGUGUAUCAUAAAAUAAAACUAGUAUAAUUAAAUUAAAUAAAAAGACUUUAAAUCUUGGGAUGUGAAAAUUGCUGUUGUGUUAAAUGGUGGUUGUCAGAGAUAUCUGCAGAUUGCGUUCAGAUUAGCAAUUAACAGACGUCUGACAAAAAGACCAGGAAUCCUCUCUCACUCAGGCACGCCUGCUGCUUGUUACAAAAAGGCUAUUCGGUAUUUUCGAUAAAAUACAUAUAUUUAUCCAUGAUCUAUGCACCAAAUCCCUCAUACAUCCUCCGCACACUACAUGAAACCUGGAAAAUAGAUCUGAGUAGAGGGUGGGUUUAGUGUCCUUCAGGAUGCUAAUUAAUAUCAUGUGGAAGUCAUGUUAAAAGGCAUUGCCUUAUAGACUUAUAUAGUGAAUAAAGACCUCCAUCACAUAACGCCUCGCCACUGCUGUAACAUUAGCCUGUCCACAUUGUAGAAUAUUUUCAAUAUGCUCUUUAUUUAUUUUUUAAUUCUAAAAAACGUAUUAUUGAAAAAAAAAAAGUAAAGUGCCAGAAUUAAAUCAGAAAAAAAAAAAAUCUAUUCUAUAUGAUAAAUGCUGUCAUAUGCUUUCAAUUUUUAUAAUCAUAGACUCAGGCCAAUUCUUACAUUUAUUAUACUAAUUAUCUGUAAAAGCCCCUUCUGUGCAUUUCUCCGGGUUUAUUUCCUAUUGGUAGCGAAAUGUCCAGAAUAGUUUCACUCCCCCCUCCCCUUCAUCUUGUUUAUCAUUACUUAUCUAUGAUGCAAUUUAGAUUAGAACAAUAAUACUAACUACAUGCAUUUGAUGAUGCAAUCAAACAUUUCCUAAAAAAAGGAGAGCGUUUGCACCAGUUAAACCCCCUUAUCCCCAGCCAGAUCUCAGCCUCUAACAUGUUAGUGAAGGCAGUACACAUUCACACAAUACAAACUAAUCCUUUGUGGACAUGACACUGGGGAUAUGGGAAAAGUUUUAGUGCAUGACUCUUCCACAUAGAACACGCCUUUUCCUCUGACGUCACCAGCACAGCUUCCUUUAGCUAUUGAGGCCUGGUGAAGUGUGGGAACAGUGCAAGCAGGCAGGGUUAUUCAAUAAACUCUGGGUUUCAGCAAAUUUAAUCACUAGGGCUAAUUUCAGAUUAAAAUAACCAAGUUGGGCCUUUAUAUGAGUUAAGAGUAUUUGUACAGGUCAGUCAUUUCUAUGCAAUUGUAAUCUGGAUUUUACUUUACUACAAUUAAAGAGUUCAGUAAACAACAGUUUUUGGCCCCUCAAACAGCCUGGGGUUUAUUUACUAAACAGAGAAUUGUAGCAGAGUACAAUUUUACUGCAAAGCGUAGGCAAACACUGCUGGGUUAUUUUAUCUCUUAGUUUUGCAAUUUACUGUUAAGCAAAAAACAAAAUGAAAGUGAAUCAUUAUAGAAACAAUCUGGAAUGCACACAUUACUUUGCACAACAACAUUUGUUCUAUUUUCCUCUUUGCUCAGAGUAUUACAUUUGCCAGAGCUGGUGAGAAAGUUUGCAAACUUUUCACUGUUCUGUAAUGUUAAACUUUAUGCAUGGAUUUAAAGUGGUGAGUUAGCCUAACAGAAAAAAAAAAAAUACAUUUCCCUAAAUUUAAAUUUAUGCCCAAAUUUCCAAAGUCAGUUUACAAACAACCACUGCAUAUUGUUUAGUGGAACAAAAAAAAAAAAAAAAAAAAGAUCUUUAGCUUUGAUUAACUAUUUGGUCUAAAGUUUGAAAGCUGGUUUUCAGCUCACUACAGCUUACUGUUACAUUCACAGACCAUAGUGAGUGCUUUCUUUUCCCCUGACCAUUUUUAAAUAGUCCAGACCUUUUUGUGAAAUUCCUCUCUUAUCACAACCAGUCAGUUCAUAUGACUGUUUUAACUUUCAUGUCUGGUAUUUCAAAAAAGACAGAAUUACCCCCCCCCCCCCACACAUAUAGGAUGCAUAUAUUUUUAUAUUUAUGGUAAUGUGUUAUCUUAUCUGUAUUAUAUUUACUUUCCUAAGGAAUACAUUCAUCAGUUAUAACCUGAAAAUGUAUUUGGCUAGAAUCAUUCCUGAAUGAAUUUAAUUUAGCUUCUUAUUGCAUAAUUUUCACUACGGGUGCACUGAAUUCUUAUUAACAUGGCAGUCUUAAUUUAUUAAUAUUAACGUAACUCCAGAUGAUAAUAUCUGAAAUAUCAAAAUAUAUAAAUAUACUUUGAAAUAUAAACAUAUAUAAGCAGAGACUACAGUAGAGUUAGAAAAACUUUACCUAAAUUUAGAAAUUCAGCUUUGAACUCACUACAAUUUGCAGGGUUAUUCACAGUGAGAAUUCAUAGUGAAUUUCAAACUUAGGUUUAAAAUAGUUGAGCUUGAAAAUUAAAUAUAUAAAUCAGCUAUGCUUUUAAUGUGGUCAAUCUAUCCUUAAUUUUGACAUUCACUUUUCUUUCUGAUUUUGGAAGAUACGCCGUUGGUGUUUAGUGAAUAGGCCUCCCUUAAUGAAACAUUCCUGGGGAUCUGGGGAAACAACAGAAAUUCUAUUUGCAUUAAAACUACUGCGGGUCUUCUGUAUACAGCCUUUAUAAAAAUCACAAACUAAGUGAUCAGUCAUGUUUGUCAUCACCCCCUAUCAACAAAUGGUAGAGCAUUUUACCUUGGGGCUUAUUUACUAAAUAGAUAGUUAUGGUCAUUUGAAAACCUUUGUCCAAAUUAUAAGCCAAAAAAAAAACCCUAUCUGGAAAAAAAACACCACCUGGUUAAGUGAAAGAUUGAUCACUAAUUUUAAAAAGUAUAUUGUCAGCUCACCUCACCUUGUUGUUUAGUGAAAAUAAUUGUGAAUGCUGAUGAAGUUUAAAGGUGGUGAGGCACUAGUGUACACUGGACACUCAUGAUCCAAUGAGAUGUUAUGCUCUGUUCAACACAAUAAACAUAUACAAAAAUGCAUUGUGGAAAGGAAAACCACUUUAACUAUAUGUGAAAAUUCAUAUCAUCUUGAUCAAAGCUGGUUGAGUUAUAUAAAAAUCCAAGUGAAAGUAAAACAGUAUAUAAUAACAAUGGAUGGACGAAAGGUGGUGGAGUGCUGCCUGGAUUGUAUAAGCCUACAAUGGCAAAUAGACAACUUUGCUAAAUAGGUGCGCGCACAUUUCAUAAGGGCGUGAACUUGGCAUUCCUUUUUCCAAAAAGUAAAAUAUUUAUUACAAACUCAACAUUAUAGGAACUAUUUCUAUUCGUCAAACAAGCUGAAACAUAGCUAAACAAUUUUAUACAUUGCCAGCCGAACCCUUACAAGACAAACUUCAUAAAUAAAACAAGAACAUAUUUGAUCUAAUAAUGAAUUUUAUUUACCAAGACAAAUUAAGAUAAUCUCCGUCACUGACAAGAUAAUUAUACAUAACAUAAGGGCAGGUAGGGACUUCAAUGGGGGAAGUGCGGACAACUGAGCCCUUGAUUUAGGGUGUGCUUGGGUACAGUUGGCACACCCCUUCGGUCAUGCCUAUGAUGUGGUAUUAGUUUUAGUAAACAUUGCUUUCUUUUAUACAGAGGGGUUUUCCAAGUUGUGCUGUGCAUGUCCUGUACCUUUCCUUCCAGCCAAGAGGUAGUCAGUGCCACUUUAAUUUCAACAUUUAGUAAUAGGGUCAUACUAUGGAAGACUAGUAUCAGGUGAAAAGAUGAAUUUGGUAACUGGUUAGAAGAAAAUUGCUACUAAUAUUUAAUAGAAUCAUUACUUUAAGGGACAAGUAACGCUUAAUAGGUGGUAAUUUGACAAUUUGAGCAUUAAUCAAUACUCAUUGCUAAUUUUAUUCACUAUUGAUAUAUAGUUUUCUUUUGGAGUUUAUUUACUAUUUUAGUACCAGUUUCUCCACAUAAAGGGAUUAUAUUCACUGGACAAGCAUGACAAGUUUUAACCUUUCUUGCAAAAUUUAGGCUUAAAGGAGCAUUCCAAACACCAUAACCACUACAAUAUGGUGUAGUGGUUAUGGUGCCAGGAGUGGCCUGGCGCCUCACCCCAAUGUAAGUAGUCAAACCGUUUGGUAAUGGUUUGACUUAUUGACAAGCACCCUUCCAUGCGUCUACCUACAGCAAGAUGCUGAUAGAAUGUACCUGGAUCAAUAACAUCUCUGCAUCAUUUCCCUUUUUAGGUCAAGAAUAGGUGACCUCUUGCCCUGCAGAUGUGGUGGCCUAGAAUCCCUAUCACUUUCAGUCAAAAUAAUGUAACUGCCCAUAAUGGAUUUUUCAGCUCUAGUGCUGUGUUGUUAAAUGUGUUGUGUUUCAUGAUCACCUAUGUCAGUAAAACACAGCAUGUUCAUAAGUUGAUUAAUAAAUCUUUUAAUACUAAUGUUAAUGGACAGUCACCUUCCACCAAAAAAGCCCAAUAAUGAACUUAUAAUAAGUCUCACUUAAAGGGAUACUGUAGGCACUGUAACUGCAUCAUCUUAUUGUAGUUAUCGCUUUUGGAGUCCCCUGUUCUUCCAUUCAGUGUUAAACAGUUCAUAAUGUUUUAAUGCUAAACAAGGGAACCAAACAUCCUGUGCUGCUUGUGCGAACGAGGAAACAAUAGCCUGAACAGCAGUGGAAGGUUGUGAUUGGAUGAGAGUGUCAGCUGAAAACCUAUCACCACAUCCAUGUAUAAUGUCUGCCUUUGCAAUACCACCAAUAGGGGCUGGGCUCUGGGUGGUGUGUGGUCCUUAUUUAGUGUCACACAUUUCAAAAAUGGUUUAAACACACAAUGGAGUGACAGCUCUAGAGGAUUCUAGGCAUUGUAAUGAAUUCAAUGACAUGAAAUGGGUUUAGUGAUUACAAUGUCAGUUUAAUUACUAUGGUAUGGUUCUAAAACUGCUCAUUAGGUGCCCAGCACUCUUGCCUUCUCCUCCCCCCCCCCUAAUAUAAGUGUUUGACCUUAUUUCCAGCAACAUGUAGAUCUUGUCGUGGCUGGCCCCUCCUGCCUGUCUGAGAUCAUCAGAUUUAAUGAUCUCAGCCAAUGUAAUGCUUUUCCAUAGGAAAGCAUUGGGAGGCUAUUGUGCAUGCUGUGACAGAAUGCCAUCACUGAGUACCAUACCCACAUGUGCCCACUCGCUCGCUUGUUUUCAGGUCAUCAUUCUGGGGAUCUCCCUAUCUGCUCCUACAGGAGCUAUAAUCACAGUCAAGAGGAGGUUCAGGAGUCUCAUGCCUGCAGCCAGACUGUCAACGAGGCAGGCAGGGACUGCAAGGGCUCCCUACCCAGGAGCUUCGAGUCCAGGCUAGUAGCUGCACAAAGAACGCUCUCUCUGGUGCUACCUAAGUGGAGAAAUCCACCGGAUAGAGAUGUGAGCACUAGCAGACCUUCUGGAGCUAUGAGUCGGUGUCACAACUGCAGAGUCCCGCUGGCCGCCUGGAAGUCCAUGCUGACCAAUAGGAGAAGGAGCUACUAUGCAAACUUGGUUCACUCCUUUUCUCCCGAUAGGCUGGCACGCGUUAGAGAGCUUAGCUCGGAACGCCGCCCCCCCGGGCGCUGAUUGGUCGCUGCGUGGUUUAGGCACCAAGUUUAAAUCUACCGGCCUAAACCAAGUGAUUCUGUUAAACUAUUUGCGGGUAUGUACAGAGCCUCAAGCCCAGACUUUAUACAAUGAUUGCUCGGGCUCUAUAUAUCCAAUAGCUCCGCUAUUUGCAGGGAUCCUGGCUGGGACCAGGAGCUAUCGAGUGAUAUAGGUUUUAACUAUGUGUCGUCUAGUUACUGGGAGGGGAAAGGGCUAAUCACUGUUCCAGCUCAUGGAGAAUUUAGCAGGGAAAGUCCUUGUAAGGACUAUAGCUCCCAGGACUGUGUGUCGUCCAGUGCCUGGGAGUAAAUAGAGCUAGUCCCCUAUCCUGAUCCAGCUAGUAAGCGGUCCUUUGGCGGAGGUCACAGCCGAGGUACAGGGAGCUCCUCCACACAUGCAUGGAAAAAUGUAGCCCUGUACAAAUCAGCAUCUCCUCAUAGAGAGAGUCAAUGCAUCUCUAUGAGGAACAUUAGGUACCUCCAGCACGUCAGUGCUGCACAUUAUGGAACACUGACCCAGGAUGCACCUCUAGUUACUGUUUGAGGAGUGGCCACUGGAGGUGUUCCUAGGCAGUGAUGUAAACACUGCCUUUUCGCUGAAAAGGGACAGGCUAUAUACUUUAGAACAACUACAUUAAGCUGUAGUUGUUCUGGUGACAAUAGUGUCCCUUUAAGUGAAAUGUUUCCAGUGUCUAUUUCUUACACUAGUUUGGUGAUUUCAUGAGAACUAAGAUUUUAAGAAAGGGAAAAGCCACGAAUGGCUUCAUAUACGUGUAUUUUACAUGCUCUGAUAGAAGAUCUAUCUAUCUAUCUACUAAACUUAUGCAUGGCGCAAACUUUCGGUUUGUCUGAAUACGUUUGGCCAAGAAUUUAUUUUGUUUUGUCCAAAACUAAUUUUGGACAUUAGUUGAAUAAUUUCAGAUGAAAUUUGUGUGAAAUUUUUGUUCUGAUCCUCCAUUCGGACAAAUGGAAUACUGUGAUUGCCGACAAAUCUUUCAGUGGUUUAGAAAGUAGAUAAGUCCCUAAUUGGUACCUUAUGUGUGAUUGUCAUAUUUAAGGGUACGACAUUAUGGAGGGACUUGUGUUUAGUAGAUAGCUUCCUAUUUUAGUAUCUUUAAAUAAGGCAAUCUCACAUAAGGAUUCUAAAUUAGUUAGCUAUCUACUAAGCAGCUGAAAGAAUAAAAAUUAAGUAAUCGGCUUUCAUCUCUUUAGUAGAACUUCCUAAAUAAAAUUGCUAUCCAUAUGUGGGAUUGGCAUAUUUAAGGAUACCAGAUUAGGAAACUAUUUAAUAGAUAGUGCCCUUAUUUGGAAUCGACUAAAAACAACAGCUUCAUAAUUUUGUAGUGGUAUCCUUAAAUAUGGAUUGGUAAUCCCUCAUAAGGGUACCAGUUUUUUAAAUUUAAAUGAAUUAACGAUUGAAGAAAGAUUCUUGCUUUGUGCGAUUUGUUCAUUGGUUCAUUCUUGAAUUGCGCAAUUUGGAAUUCAUACAAAUGAGUCAAUUUUCGUCUGAAUUGUGAUUCUUCCAUGAAAGCCCAAGCCCACAAUCUAUCUAUCUAUCUUUCUAUUUAUAUGCAGGUAUUUUUUUUAAAAUUUGAACUGGGGGAGGGGUUAUUACCCUGCUUGGUUUCAACACAAUCUUUUAGAUAUCUAUAUGAUAUCUAUUAUAUCUAUCACUAUGCAGAUAUGCUAAUGAGCACAAUUUCAAGUCAUCACAAAGGCUUGCAUAAUGGCCCAAACUCUUUACCCAUGCAUUUCUUAAACGUGUGCUGUGUACUGGACUUCAGAUUCAGGGGGUUACCUGCCCUUCUAAAAUAUUGAGCUAGAUAGGCAUGUUUCUGACUACAUCCUUUAUUUCUUAGCAACUCAGUGCCGAUUUGAAAUGCAACUUUUUAAACUUUUCUUAAAGUCUAAUCUGAGAUAUGGGAUUGAUGAACUACAGGAAGUUCUAAAUUUGCAUCAAUCAGAGGUGAUAUAUACACAUUUAUUAUUGCUGCAAUACAAAUUAUGAUCAGUGAACAGAUAUAAAAUUGUGCUGAAGGGACAACCACUAAUGACAGCACACAUACUGCUAUAAAAUGAUUUAGAAACAGAAGUGGAAAUUUAAAAAAAAAGUCCCACUGCUUUGAAAUACACACUUAAACUUCUAAAUGUAGAUUCCUGUAAAGAUAACAACAAAAUACUGCUAUCCAGUAAAACUAAAUCCAUUCACAUAAUGAAAAACUAGCUAAAAUGUGAGAAGACACCUGCAUCUAAGAGGGGCAUUGUAAUAUUAGGUAUAAUUAGACUCACAUUAUGUCACAAUACUAAUUUAAAGUGACCUGCAUUACUAUGUGAUAGCACCUUUUCUGGUGAGCUAUUACAGGUAAUGUGAGGUCACUCCCUCUUCUCCCUGGAAAAUAGCCAAUCUUCUACUGUAAAUACAGGUGAUUAAUGACUCUGAAGACUACAUUAGUUCUUUGAAGAGUAGGUAUGUUUCAUGUGAAUGCAGUUAUUUAAAGCUAUAGCACCUAUUAACCCUUUCUCUCACCAGAAACCUCUGACUCUCAAUGCAAAGCUAUAACAGGACAUUUAAAAUAAUAGCAGCAUAUUAUGUUAUUGACUAGGAAGCUUGAUUGAUCAUUAACGAUUUAAGUGUUUCUCCAGACAGCUGGAUUCAUUUACAGCUUAUAUUCAGAGGGAUUUGACAGAGAAACCUUGAUAACCUGUGUAUCAGACUAGAAAGAGAUUUUUUUUUAUCCCCUCAGGAACACAGUGAAGAUGACUGCACCCCCCCUGGUACUGAGGUUGGUUUUUCUCAUAGAAUGGUUAGAUCUAUAUUGUCCUGUAAGAGUGCUGCCCUAUUAUUGCAAUGAGACUCUCUCUCUAUUAUUACCAUGGCAAUAGCGAGCAUUAUCUCCCCUGGCACAGUCUGCUUCCGUGUUCUCUGGAACAAUGGACAUAUGUCUGUGUUACAACAUUAACCCUUUCAGCACCACACUGGAGUGCAGAGACAAGAUACCUUGCUAUAACACACGAUCCAAUUAACACUGUAUCAGCACUUGGCUGCACUGAUCCCAAUACUGCCUUACAGUAAACUGCUUUCACAUAUGCAUUCCAUUAAAGGGAAGGCUGAUACAUUGUACUGUGCAGAGAACACAAUAUCCCUGCUCUCACAUGGUGUGUAUGUAGGUAGCUCUUACAGAAGAACACACUGUAAUGUAAAACAAUAUAUUAUACAUGUGUGUGCACUAAUAUGUAUGUGAGUAAUAAAUAUGAAUAAAAAAAUAAAAUAAAUAAUAAUAGUAAAAUAAAUAAAUAAAAAUGCAUACAUAUUGUUUUCUCCAUACACGUAAAUCCCAAUAGGUCACAGCACACCCCAGCCUUGCCCGUAUGAAAGCCCUGGCAGUAUACUGUAUAGCUGUACUUAGCGUAUACUGACAUGAAUGCUAUGAAAGCCCAGUCUCUGCUAGCCAACAUUACUAGCCCACACUACUAGCUCGCAUUACUAGCCCACACUACUAGCUCGCAUUACUAGUCCACAUUACUAGCCCACAUUACUAGCCCACAGUAGUAGCCACACUGCUAGCCCAUACUGCUAGCCCACAUUAGUAGCCACACUGCUAGCCCACAUUAGUAGCCACACUGCUAGCCCGCUUUACUAGCCCAUACUGCUAGCCCACAUUAAUAGCCACACUGCUAGCCCGCAUUACAGUCCAUAUAUCGCCCCAUUGUCAUAGCUUACCAGGGUCUCGGUGUGUCCGGUGGCGGUCCCGGCACGUCCUGCCCGGUGUCUGUGUACCCGGACUCGCAGCCCCGAGCUCCCCGCGCGCCGCCUGCACUGCACUGGGACGGAGGGUGGAGGGGGGGAGCGUCGCGUGCCAUUUAAAUGGCUGUGGAAGGGGCGAUCCAUCACCCGCAGCGCGAGCAGUCAAACUUUAUCAGAGCGGCGCGCGCCCAUUGGCUGAGCGGAGCACGUGACCCCACACCUACCCACCUUCACUGUACAUUCAUAUCAUUUCCCUGCUGGACCUAUGGAGGAAGUGAGAAAGUUGGCACGGGCGGGCUCUGCACACACACACACACACAGACAUACAGAGAGAGACACCUGAGUGACAGAUGGACCAUGCGAGGAUGAGCUCCUUCUUGGACUAUCCAGGCUUAGUUAAUGGAGGAGACAAUGGAAGCUGCUCCUCCAGAGCCUUCCACCCUGACCAUGCUGGGAUUACAACUUUCCAGUCCUGCGCAGUCUCUGCCAAUAACUGUACCAGUGAGGACCGGUUCAUGGUGGCCAGAGGGGUCCAGAUAAGUUCCCACCAUAACCACCACCCACACCAAAGCGGUGCCUUCCAUCACCCCAGCAACCUGGGCAUGUCCUACUCCCACCCCAGCUGCUCUGUGGGCUAUGGGAUCCAGAAUUUCAACACUACCUACUCUCACUUCCCCAUCAGUCAGGACUCAGAGGUCAGUGCAGGGUACCCCCAGUGCACUGCUGCGGUGUACACUGGGAAUAUCGCCUCCUCAGUGGUCCAGCACCAUCAGCACCACACUUACGUGGAAGGUACUGGAGGGACAGCUCACUACAUCCAUCACUCCUAUGGACCAGAGCAGCAGAACCUGUCCAUUGCAGGGUACAGCAGCAAUGCCUCCAGCAUGCACCUCAACCACCAAGAAGUGUGUCGCUCCCCUUCCUCAGAGUCAUCUCCACCUGCCCAGACAUUUGACUGGAUGAAAGUGAAGAGAAACCCCCCUAAAACAGGUAAAGUACUCCUCAAACUGACUGUUUUCUUGAGAUUUUAUGUUGACAUAAUCUAUUAUUGGGAAACUGUGUGUUCUGUGCUCAUGGGUUGAUACAUUCUGAUACUUACACAGGUGGUGUUCUACAAGCUACAUUGUAUCAGAUGAUGUAUCAGGGUGUGAGAAUGGCUCUAUCUGUGUCUAAUCUCAUGCCACCCAGCCUGCUUGUGAUUCCACUGACAUUUAUUUAUUUUUAUUGCAGGUAAAGUGGGAGAGUAUGGCUAUGCAGGGCAGCCCAACACAGUGAGGACCAAUUUCACCACUAAGCAACUCACUGAGUUGGAGAAGGAGUUUCACUUUAACAAGUACUUGACAAGGGCCAGGAGAGUGGAAAUAGCAGCUGCCCUGCAACUCAACGAGACCCAGGUGAAAAUCUGGUUUCAGAACAGAAGGAUGAAGCAGAAAAAGAGGGAGAAAGAAGGUCUCUUGCCAAUCUCCCCAUCAGCCAGCACAGGAAGUGACGAAAAAUCAGAGGAGCUUUCAGAGAAAUCCAGUCCUUCUCCCUGUGUUCCAUCACCUGCCUCUUCUACCUCUGAUCACCUUAAUUCUUCCAAUUAA